GAGAUUUUUGUCUCUUGUUCUAAAAUUGUCAGUGAGUGGUCGUGGCUGUGUUGUGUGGUGAGGAUGUUGUGGUCAUCGCAAGAAUAUGACGAGGAAGAGGAGAACCUCCUCUUCAGUCCAGCACUGAUGGCUCGCCGAGCCAGUGAGAGCUGGAUUGACACACUACCCGUUGAGGCUAUUCCAACCACCUCUAGCUUACAACGAAAGAAAAGUUUACCGGACUUUCAGGGUCUGCCACAAGCAACAAGGCCGAUACCUAGGGAGGAAGCUUCAAUAUUGAGUUCCGCAAGGAGAGAAGAAAUCAGGAGGCAACAGGAGGAAUCUGAGAGGCUUCGAGCAAACCCACUACUUUAUCUUGUUAGUCCACAUGUUAGGGAUUGGUUUUCGAGGCAGCAGUUAUUAAUUCUUGUCCUUUUCGUAAAUAUCUCCUUAGCAAUAAUAUUCAUCAAACUCCUCACGUAGUAUCUGACUACACUUAUCCAGAAUUUUUUCCAAUUUUUCUGAUCCUACUUUUCCAGUUUUGACUGUAAAUAAAAACCAACUGAUUUUUGUUAUUUAGGUACUAGUUUUAAGACCUGCCCAGAGAUUAAAAUCUGCUAAGAUUUCAAGUUAGGAAAAAGUUUUUUUUUUAACUACUUUUCGGCCAAAUUACUAUACUUAAAAAUAUUUCAAUUCAUCGCAGUUUUUAUAAAAUUAUGUACUGUAGUUCCUUCAAUGAGCUCAUGGUACACCAUAAAAAAAUUCUUUCUCUUGUGUUAAAUUCUACUUGAUUCAAUUUCAUAAGUCUAAAGCAAUUGGAGGUAAUUCGGUCAUGCCUCAAAAAGAUAGGUAUUGCUGAUUAAACAAGGUUUCAUCCAGAAUUUUUUUCUCAAGUCUAUAUUAUGCUGGCUACCCUGGUUUUAAAAUUGAACCUUUCUUCCUAACCUUCCAUUUCAAAAAAAUUUACCUAGAGCUAUGAGCCCUCAUUAGAUGCAUGAAAAUUGCCAAAAGAAAAAGUAAUUUAAGUAAUGACAUCCACCCCCCCCCCCCAUUUAUGUUUUAUCUUUCAGAAAGGAAAAAAGGAAAAAAAUGAAUCUGAGUUCAAUUUUGCUCUGAAGUGUGCACUCUUUUAAUUCUGAAUGACAGAGCAACUGUUGAAACUGCAAUCUUGUCAGAUUGCCUUGAUUUUCUUAAAUUUUUUAUUUGUUUCCGUUUUUUCUUCUUAGGGGUCUGUCAAGUAUUAUGUAAGACUUUUAGAGGGUGAAAGGAUCUGAGCUUUCCUUUCUGGGUCUUACAAGGAAACGGGAGUCAAGUCUAGUCUUAUUUAGGUCUCUCAUUUUUAAAAAAGAUGAUAUUUUUCCACAAAAAAAAUGUAUUUUUUAAACUUUUUUUUGUCAUUUUCUGAAAUAAUGGGAGGUGUCAGGCCAGCUUUAGUUAAUUCAAGUGGGCGAGGGGUCGUUUCACGGGUGCCUUACCAAGAAGGAGGAGAGUGGUCAAAAAGUUGGCCGAUAUGCCGCACAUAAUACUUGAAGGGCCCAUUAAUUAUAUUCCUAGACCGUCAACAUAUCUACAUAUUUUCCCUCCAAUUUUGUGCAUCAGUGGUAAACUUUGCUGAUAUGUAGUUUCACAAGGGUUUCUCCUUCGAUGAGGAAAAUUUGUUUUUUUUUUUCCAUUUGAUACUACAAAAUCAUUAGUAGAUACAAAACCCAUAAAACUUUUUCCGAAAUUCUGUAAAUGUUCUUUCGUGGAGUUUGGCCUUAAAUACCUGUUUAAAUUAUAAAUCUGGAUCCCUAACAUUUUUUGAGUAGGUGGAUGUAUGUCUUGCCUUGUCAGUUAAUUCUAUUGAAGUCUUAGGAAAAUGAGGUCUUUUACAAUCUUGAUUUGGCUUGUAGGUUUUCUGCCUGUAAGUGUUAAAAUGAAUUGGCACCUAAAUCACAUGCAAAGAGAAAAUAAGUAUUAUUAGAAUUGAUAAUUUUUGCAGGCAGUAGGGCCUUUUUGAAUUGGUGAAAAUAUAAUGAUAUAUAAAAUAACUUUUCUAUGGCUCUGAACUGAAACGUAAUAUGAUGAUGCAUUGAAUUCCACUUCCUCACUUACCAUUAAACAUUUAUUGCGAUUGUAAUAGUAAAGCAAACAGUCUGAAUGCAUCAUAUUUGGAAUCGUAAAUGAUUGUUCUGACCUCAAAGAAGAGCAGUGCAUUUCAACGAUUGUAAUCAACCUAACUAUCUUCACAUUUUAUUUAUAACUCGAUGAGCAUACCUAAAAUCAAAAUUUAUGAAGAAUCGCGAGGAAAAGUUGCAGCUGUGCUUUUCUAAAGGAUGGUUGGAAUUCAAAAGAAAAAAAUGGCAUGGUGAAUGUAUUUAUCAAGGUAAAGAAGUGAAAUUGCAAUGUAUUUGUGCUUUUUCAACUUUUCGAGCCUCAAUAUUAGAGAAUAUCUAAAAGGUCGCAAACAGUCAGUAUUUAUACAUGGCAGUAACAUGAAAACCUUCAACCAUCAAUCUACAAAAAUAUUCCUCCAGAUAUUUUUAGGGUCAAAAUUCCAUUUUCCCUGUCUGAAAUCUUUGAAAUGAGUACAUAUUUUAGGGACUUAUGUUUAGCUUCUAUUUUUUCUUUUAACUCCUCAAGUUUGAGGGACUUAUUUUUAAAUAUAGAUCAAGUUCUAACAACCGAAAUGAGGGAAAACUGUGUUCAAUAAAAAUUUCAGUCACCGAUGUUUCAAACAGAAUCCAAACAUAAAUUUUCACUUUUUGCCUUAAUUUUUACAUUUGUAUUUGUCUUAUGGUAGCUUUUAUACUCACCCGUGCAGACUUGGCUAUUUUUUUUUAUUUUUACUGUCUUCUUUCACCUUUUUUAAGUCCUUUGCCUCUCAUGUUUUUAAGGAAAGAGAGAGCUCUAUUUAUAUCAUUUAAUCAAUGAGGAAUCCCUUUACAGUUUUUCUAGGUGCCCAUAAUCAGUUCCAACUUUAGAAUGAUGGAAUACGUCACUUACCAUCGCGAAUAAAAAAGAAGAAAUUGAUUCCCUAAUUAUGGAAUCAUGGACAAAUCUUACACCACCCUCUAAAAUGAUUAUGUUGACUUCAUUUAGUCUUGGUAUAAUAAAUUAUUUUUAUAUUUUGCUAGAAUGGACCAGUGGACAAGGUACGACUUUUUGACGCGUUUUGACACAUGUUUCUUGACCGAAACUUCACGUAAAACACGAUUCGCGCAACUAAAAUUACUGAAAUCAAAUCCUGACUAAGAUAUGACUGUUUUUCAAUGCAUAAAUUCAAACUCCUUGCUCAUAAAAAAACAACAAUCUUCUUGAGUUAAAUUGCACAUCAAACUUUACUGUGACAGUCUCUGCUGUUUGAAAAUAUGAUGGUUUGAAACCUGAAACUCGGUGCUUAAGCUCAACUAUCGCAUGUUGUAUACAUUCUGAACAACACAGAGUGAGGAAGGAACAUUACUUAUCGAGAAGCCUACUGAAACCGUUCUAGUGCGCGAUGUGACUCAAGUAGAGUAUUGUUUUUCUCCUAACAGGGCAAUUCAAAUUUUUUAUAAUCAAUGCCAAAUGUAAACGUUGAUAUCUUAGUCAGGAGUUAACUCUCAUAAUUUUUGUUGCACAAAUCGUCUUCUAUGUGAAAUUCUGAUUAAGAGACAUGUUUUAGAAUGAUUUAACUUGUACCUUGUCCACUGGUCCAUUGCGGUGUUGGUUACCCGUAAAACCGAACAAAAAUGUGAAAAUUGUGCUUACAAAAAUUUUUUAUCCUUGUAUUGCACUAUCUGUAUUGUAACAUAAGACAUUGGUCUUUUAUUUUUGUACUUUGGUAGUAUAAGGAGUUUGAAAACAGUCUCAUACCUGUUUUUAAACAUGGGAAUAACAUACAAAAGCUUGACUUUUUAAGGAACUAAAUAUCCUCUUUCAAAUUUUAAUAAUAUCCUUUUUCAAAUUCUAAGUAUAAAACGGAGACUAUUUUUUUACAUUUGUAAUUGACUAAUUUUUUUUAUUUGUGUAACAUUUCUCAGACUAGCUCCUAUUGCAUGAGAAGUGAAUCAGCAAGACAAAUAUCUUAUCUUGAGAAUAAAAAAUAAUAAGUAGGAUACCAUCAAUUGGACUUAUUUAUGCUGAAAGGAACUAUGUUCCACGCAAACCUUAUAUUUUUAGUUCCUUUUAGCAUAAGCACGUCCAAUUAGAAAACAAAAUAAUGUUAUCUCAUAAUACUUCCAAGGUUGGGUCUUAAGUGAGUUUUCCUGUUUAUAUCUCCAUCUUUCUCUCUCUCUUCCUCCUCUUUUCAAAACUGAUGUAAAUUAACCCAUUUGGGAAAAUAGAAAGGAAAGAAUAUUUUUUUAAUCAUACCUACUUGCUCUAUAGACAGUCAAAGAAAUUUAAAAUUGACUAACUGAAUUUUGGAGGAAGUUAUUUUAAAUUGAUGGACUUCCUCUUUGCAGGUGCCAAAAAAAAAGAAUAAGUUGGGAUUUACAAAAAUCCUUUACCAACUCUCAGUUAGCCAGUUUUAAGUUUAUUCAGUGUGUGGAAAACUGCAAGUACCUACAAAAAAAAACCCUGUUAUGGAUACGCUUUAUGUUCAUCAGUUUUGGAGGGGAGAAAAACAGAAUACUCUCUAAUUGUUGAGGCUCACGAGUAUGAGUCACGUGGUACUGAAUAAUUAUUACGUGCGUCAACUUCUAAUAUUUUCAACAAGCUUUUUUGUUAUUUCUUUCUAAUUAUUUUAACUUUUCUACUUUGCAGUUUUGCAUUUGAAUAGUGUAAGAUUUCAGAAUCUUUAGUUUCAAUUUUAGAGAAUGCAACCCUGAAUUAAAUCAAAUGUAAAGAAGUCACUCAUCAACUAUUUCAUUAGCGUUAAGUCACAUCCCUGCUUUUUGAGCAAACAAAAAACACUAUUCGCAAAAGACCUAAUUAAGUUUUCGAAAUCAAUAUGGGUCAAAAUUCCCUUUGACCCUAAAGAUAAAAAAGGGAAAAACUAAAAAAAGAGGUCUGUCUCGGAAAUUGAAUUACAAAAUUUUUCCCUCCUUUUCAAUCUGUAAAAAUCUAGCUAACAAAAUUUUUUUAAGCUUUGCACUUGCUGUGUGUUAAAUGACUUAAAUUACCUUUUUUUUAUAUAUUUUUAAUCGUUAUCUGGGGACUUUCAUUUUUAUAAAAUUACACAAUACCAAGUCAUGCUCUUGAUAAUCUCUCAUUAAGUGUAAAUGCAAUGGCAAAUUUGCCAGGUUGUGUGAUAAAUGUGGAUACUUUACAUGGUUUUAAAUGGGAAAAAGUGCUGGGAUUUUCAGCAUUAUCUGGCAACAAUGUGCAACAGUCAAUUAAUUGUCGAGCGAACAGGGCGAUAGCACCAAAUAUAUUCAGCACAUUCGCUGAGAAUUCUUUUUCUAACCAGUGAUAUAUUCAUGGAGUAACCAGGAAGAACAGAGAAAUUUAAUACAUCGAAGGGAAGAUGUGCCGAAAGGGUUUGGAUAAUGUCAUUUUACCUUUUUUACUUCCGGGCCAUGUAAGUUCUUCUAGUUGCAUCUUGAAUAUGUGUCAAUGUGUUUGGAUUGGUAAUACUCUCCAUUGCCCGAGGAGUGGGUUGACUUAAAACAGAAAAUUCACUGAUUCCUUUACUGAUAUUUUUUUUUUAUUUUUUUAUAUCGAGACAACCGUUUUCUUCCUAUUUUUCUUCUGAAAAUAGGAGCCUCCAAAAAAUGCAUGUCAUCUAGUCAAGAAGUUAUUAACUUCACCUUACACAUGGAAGAAAAAGGGAUGUGAGGGAUUAUUAUUUUCAAAGAGGGAUCAGUAAUGUGACAAGGUCUUUUUUUUUUCUUUAGAAAAUCAAUGAGUCUCGAUGAUAGCUGUUGAAUUUAAUGAUUCUUAGAAGCCCCUAAAAUUUUGACUGCUAUACUUGCUGCAAAGUUCAAUGUGGGAAGAAACUUUUCUAAAACUUACUAUGUUUACUUCUAUCGCAAAUCAACUUCAUUACCUGAAUACUCUGGCUUUAAGAAGGUUUUUUUUUUUUUUAAGUGUGUAAUAAACUCCUCUGUUAUACCUGGCUCAUACAAACAUUGGUAGAUUUGAUGAGAAAGAAAUUGCCAAAAACGAGAGCUAGAAUAAGUGGUUUGCUAAAAAGUGUAACAAUCAUUAUAACAGAGUUAAAAGGGUAAAAAGAGUGUAAAUGAGUUUUUUUUUAUCACAAAUUUCUUUUCAUACUAAAUUUGCGUCGAGAUCUUAACUUGCAUGCUCUGCCUUGAUUUUUUUUCUGUCGUCGAACCUGUUUAAAAAGGAAAUUAGGGCUUAAAUAUCAAAUGAUUUGAUUCACAGAUCUUACUUUGUAUUAGGUAACUUGAAAUGACAGGAGAGGCUGCUAUAACCCAAGACUACAAAUGCUUUUGACUGAAUCAAAUCAAACAGUCAUUGUCUGGACUCAUCCGUAAAAUUUUGAAAUUUUGAUAAUCACCUAUUAUAAAUUCUCUCAUGAAGUAUGAUGAUUUCCUUUUGUAAAUAAUUUAACAUGUAUUUAGCAUAAAUCAAAGUAUUAUUCUUUUACCUUUUCUUACUUUCAUUGUACAAUCGCUUUGUAUAUACAGAAAAAUUUUAAAGAUGAUUUCUUACUUGGUUUUUAAACUUAAGUAUUCAUUUCUUUUCUAUUCUCUUUAUUCGUACCUAUCUUGUUUUUGUUUAAAAUUUUAUUCAUGUUAUUAUGUGUAGUUGAAUAAAUUUUAAAUUCAUGUAUGCUGGACCUUCCUAGGUUGUCAUCAUCUCUGGAGAAUCCAGACGGCACUUGGCCUGCAAUCAACAUUCUCGCCUCAACUUGUGUCUCUUAGUCGUGAGAUUAUUAAAUUGUUUAAUUUUGAGAUUUUAGGAUUAUUCUUUUCAAAAAGUAUCUGAAUUGAAACAGAUAAAUCACGUAUUUAAUAAGUAAACAGAAAGAAAGAGCAUUUUAUUAACCGCAGAAAAUUCUAAUUUAGUUCAUUUGCUAUGCAUGUAUUUUGGCUUUCACACAGACAUGAUUUGUGAAGUAAACGCUUCAAAGUAGAAAGAAAUUCUUUCUGCUCAUCUUUUUAUAAGAUAAAAGAAGCAUUAUGAAUCAUAAUGUAUUGGUUAUGUGUAAAGAGAAUGUUGUUGAUUUUUAACUUUACUCUCUCUAUAUACAUACCUUAUGAAUGACUCCUACGCAAGAAUGUUGAACAAAGAAGGUGCUUGUGAUUGGUUCAAAUAUUUUUCUUUUAUAUAACCAGAAUUUUUCAGCACAAAUUGAGAAUAAAUCACACUAUCAAAAUUGGCAUUAUUUAAAAGCCUCAAAUCUGCGGAGUUCAAAUGUAAUUUUUUCAAUGUUUUUCUGACUCCAGAGCUAUGGGCAAAGAAUCAUUCAAAAAUUUAAAAAAUGAUUUUUUUCUCAACAUGCACAAACUGCACAGUCAAUCCCCUUUAGGAUUUGAUUAUAUUUCAAAAUCAUUGACCUGCUCCUUGCUAUUCAACGACAUUCUUCAUUUUAGUACAAAUUAUGAGAGAGAAAAUAACCAUUGCAUAAAUUAUAGAGCAAGACCAUGUACAAAAGAGAGGACAGAAGUUUUUAAUUCUACAUUUAAGUAAUUGAUUUCAAUCCUUGUGUUACUGAAAAAGAUACUGCUAGAAUACUGAAUCAAAUUCAUAGAUCAAAUUACGAAUAAUAAUUAUUAUUUUUGGACCAACAUCAAUAGCUCCUAAAUCAUCCAAGAGAGAAUUGGGCUUCAAUGGCAACUGGAGAAAUUCCUAACAAGGAUUCCUGAAGAUUCAUUCAGUGCUAACGCGGACCACUCAAUAAAUGUGCCUAAUUUUCUCCUGCAGAUGUUUUUACAGUUUGUAUCAUUGCAGGACAGUGCUCGUCUCGACAAUUGCAAGCAUAUCAUUCUCCUACCACCGUCAUUCAUUGUUACUUUUAUCUUGAUAUGGGAAAGUUUUAAAAAUUUAGUUUAUUCCGUUUUAUUGUAUAAGUUUCUUGUUAUUUUCCCGUUCUUGAUACUUGGCUUAUUUUACCUGUCGUUAUAUUUCUCUUACCCAUUUUUUAAUCACAUAUUUUAUUUUGUUGAUGGCGUUAUCGUUCAUCUGUUAAUUUUUCUAAGAAUGUAGGUAGUGAACCGAGUGCCUUUAUAAUAUUUAAAAUUUAAAUAUUAUUCGUGCGUUUUGUAAGUGCAAAAGUAUUUUUAUUCUUCUUUCAAACGUGAUUUCAAUAUUUAUUUAAUUUUGUUAGCAUCAUGUCUGUAAAAUUUUUACAGUAAAUUUUUCCCCAUUUUAAAAUAUUGUUUCAGAUAAAACCAAUGAGAUACAUGUAAGAAGGGGAAAAGCUGGGCUUAUAUGCAUGCAAAAUUGAAUUGUUCUUGAUUUUACCAGACUACAACUUUAUUGGCCCAGAUUAUGUUUUUGUGUAAAUAAAUGUAAAUUAGUCCGUUA